AUGCAAAACACUACAAAGAAGUUGGCCGAAGGUCGGUCAAGAUCUUUCGAAAUCACUGUCAAUGGAAAUCUAAUUUUUUCAAAACUAAAGUGUGGUAGUUUUCCUUCAACAGAGGCCAUCAUUUCUGAAUUGAUUAACAUUGAAAAUGGUGAGACACCUAGUGAAGUAAUUGAAUAUGAAUCAUCCAAUUGUAAUUUACUUUAG